AUGUCCUACUUUUUCUCAACCCCUCUCGAUAUCGAUAUCCGCCUGGAGGACUCUGAAGAUGACAGGCAAAUGGUCGAUGUCAAACUUGACAAAACUCGCCGCGAGAAAUGUCCCCUGUACAAAGAUGGAGAGUCUGUAAAGGGAGCGGUCACGAUCAGGCCGAAGGACGGAAAGAGGCUCGAGCACACGGGCAUCAAGGUUCAGUUCAUUGGGACGAUUGAGAUGUUCUUCGAUCGAGGUAACCAUUAUGAGUUCCUCUCCCUAGGUCAGGAGCUUGCGGCUCCCGGGGAUCUUCAGCACCCCCAAACAUAUGACUUUGAAUUCAAGAAUGUUGAGAAACAAUAUGAAUCUUACAACGGCAUAAAUGUCAAGCUACGCUAUUUCAUCCGGGUUACGGUUUCCAGACGGCUGGCAGACGUCAUUCGAGAAAAAGACAUCUGGGUUUAUUCAUACAGACAACCCCCGGAUAUCAACAGUUCUAUCAAAAUGGACGUCGGCAUAGAGGAUUGCUUGCAUAUUGAAUUUGAAUAUUCGAAAAACAAAUACCACUUGAAAGAUGUCAUUGUCGGAAGAAUAUACUUCCUCCUGGUUAGGUUGAAGAUCAAGCAUAUGGAGCUCUCCAUAAUUCGACGGGAGACAACCGGAACGCCUCCAAACCAAUAUAACGAAAGCGAAACAUUGGUCAGAUUCGAGAUCAUGGACGGCUCACCAUCUCGAGGCGAGACGAUACCGAUAAGGUUGUUCUUAGGUGGCUUUGAUUUAACCCCCACAUUCCGGGAGGUUAACAAAAAAUAUUCCACAAGAUACUACCUUAGCUUGGUUCUCAUCGACGAAGAUGCCCGUCGAUACUUCAAACAAUCUGAAAUAAUUCUUUUCAGACAGGAACCGGGUGCACAAACCUGA